AUGGUAUUCAUCGAGCCCCUUCUCUGUUCGCUGGGAUUUCUCCUGAAUUGCGCCUGCGUCGCCGUGUUCUUUUGCGUGUCAAACAAUGGCUAUUUCCGGAAGACAUCUCUCCUCACCUAUCUGGUGGCGCUUUCCAUCUGUAAUGGCCUUCAGCUGCUGCUCUCCCUCUUUGUCCUCGUCCUCCCAGCCAUCGAGCAAUAUAUCUCAUCCUCCUCGAAAGAACUCUCCUCCUUCCUUCUCCGUCUCUCCUCUAUUUCUGUCCGUUAUGGCUAUCCACUUGUAUUGACUGUCAAUUAUGCGGCGAUAUGGCUACUCACCCUCAUCUGUGCACAACGAUUUCAGGCAAUCUGCCACCCAAGCAAUCCAUGGAAGAAACGACUGGCCGGGAUCCGAAAUUCUCGUCUUGCCGUCGCAGUGGUCAUUCUCUUGGCAAUCAGUCUGAAUAUCAUACGAUUUUGGGAAUUCAGAUACAAUGAAGAGACAAUGUUCGUGGAGACAACAGUCCUCAAGAAUCUCCCUUUAUAUAAACUCAUCCAAGAGGGGCUGAUAUAUGGAAUGGUUGUCUAUGGAUUGCCUGCAGCUCUUCUAUUAUGGUUGAAUGGAUCGAUGCUGUCCAUUUUGAGGAAGGAUCAGCCAACCGAGAUGCCGCGCCGUGACACCGAGACCCGUGCAGCCCACCUGACAGUCUGUGUAUUCCUUUUUUUCUUCCUCUGCUCCACUCUCUCAGCCUCCAUUCGGCUAUUUAUGAUCGUCGUCGGUGAAGUGGUAUAUUCAUGGUACUGGCUGGUGGACCUCUCGAAUCUUCUAAUGAAUAUCUUCGCCUUCGUCACCCCAAUCCUGUGCUACAUUUUCACCAGGGGGUUCAAGGAUCUAUUCUUCGUGAUCCGCCGCCCGACAAAGAAGCGUGGUUUGCCAUUCUUUGAGGAUAUUUCAGAGAGGAGACAAAGCCAUAUUCUUGUCGAUUCCCCAUUGAGACAUCAACAGGCUAUGGCAUUA